AUGAGCGGCGUCAAAAAGAAGAUCAACCACUUGGCGGUGUUUAAACAGCGCACGAAGAACGACGACGAUGCCGAGCUGUCGAAAAGCUCGAUCGUGUCGGCGAGAAAGAACGGACGGUUGAAUCUCUCGUCGAGAGGACUGGCCUCGGUACCAGACCGAGUGUGGAGGAUAAACGAAUUGACGGAAGAGGAGUUACGCAAUUUGCACUUCGAGCUCGAUUACGAGCACAAAGAGGAACGAUGGUGGGAACAAGAACCAUUGAGAGUCUUAGAUCUGAGCUCCAACAGCUUGACUACCAUCGAUAGUAGAAUACGAUUUCUGACAGAGCUCAGUACAUUGGAUAUACAUAACAACUUACUGGAGGAACUGCCAGCUGCGAUCGGGUUUUUGCGCGAACUGAAGCUGUUGAAUUUGUCGGACAACAAACUGGCAAGCUUGCCCCCGAAAUUUUACACGUUGACGGAACUGUGUGAAUUGCACUUGAAAAAUAAUCAUAUCAAUAUAUUAGAGUCGGAGAUUGGAAAUCUGAUUAUGCUAACGUACUUGGAUUUGUCACACAAUAAUUUGAGCGAUCUGCCAAUUGGAAUGGGAUACAUGGUGCGGUUGGUCACGUUGAACUUGUGUCACAAUAUGAUCAAAGAAUUGCCGCCGGAUAUGACGAGCAUGAGAUCGCUAAAGACGUUAGACGUCAGCUUUAACCAGCUGGAGACAAUACCGCCGUUGGGUGAAUUGCGAAAAGUAGAGAGAAUAAUGUUCCAGUCGAACAAUUUGAAGGGAUUCCCGGACAUAUCAGGUUGUUCCGCUUUGACAGUAUUGCAUUUGGAUAACAAUAACAUUCCUGGAAUCGAUCCGCAAUACCUGGACGGAGUCGGUUGUCUGAGGAAGCUCACGUUGCAAAACAAUCAAAUCGAGGUGAUACCCGAGGAAAUAAUCAAACUGAUCCAUUUGGAGGUCUUCGAUUUGUCGCACAAUAAUCUGUCUCUGAUACCCUCUUGCAUCGGUAUCUUGCCAAACCUGAAGCAGUUUGUGAUCAAGGACAACGAUAUAAAAAAUAUCAGGGGAGACAUCAUACGAUGUGGCACACCGCGUAUCUUGACGCACAUACGCCAAACCACGGACAGUACAAAUGUAAAUGCCAGAGACUUGUUACCAUGCGGUGCCAGCAUAAGCAAAUAUCCCGAUAAGUACACGAUGAAGAGUACAAAACUGCUCAGCUUGGCUGGGCAGUAUCUUGUGGAAUUGCCGGAUGAGGUUUUGGCAGACGCGGCGGGAGCCUCGGUCACGGUCGUCGAUUUAAGUAGGAACAAACUGUCCGAACUACCUGACGAGAUGGCUCAAAUUGUUACGGUGACCGAUCUGAAGUUAACUUCGAAUCACCUGACGCGUCUGCCCGAGUGGACAGGCGAAAAGUACAAAUACCUGCAGGCCUUAGACAUAAGUAAAAACUACCUGGAAUCCUUACCUCCGAGUAUUAGUUGCCUGAAAUACUUGCGAGAUAUCGAUCUCUCGUUUAACAGAUUUACAAAGCUACCAGAAGCUAUUUAUGAUGUUGUGUCUUUGGAAGGUUUAACUGCCAAUGACAAUUUAAUCGGUGAGAUCGACAUGCCAUCUUUAGGAAAGCUGAAAAGACUAGCAAUUUUAAAUCUAGCUAACAAUAAUAUUGCUCAUGUGCCACCUGAACUUGGUAACUUGAAAAAUCUAAGAAAUCUAUCGUUGUCAGGAAACUGCUUUAAAUAUCCUAGGCAAGCAAUUUUAACAAAAGAUACGGAAGAAAUACUGAGUUAUCUGCGCAAUCUAAUACCUCGGUAAUAAACAGAUCAUUAUAGAAUAUAACAAAUGGUUCAUGUUAUUAAUGUUUUUAAGAGUGUUACAAUUUGAAAUUUUGUGAGAGUGUAUGCACGUGAUGAAAUUGUGUGUGUAUGUAUAUAAAAUAUAUAUGGUGCCAACUUAUCGACGUUUU